UGUCGCAUCACCUGUUUCAUCGACAACAUGCCUUACUUUUGGCUGUCGAAGACGUAUCAGACCCGGCAGCUGGCUUUCAAGCCGUACAGCUUCUUUGCUUUUUCCCUUGAUUUACAUUAAGGCUGUACCUAAUACAUCUUUGGACGCAUCCUUGAAACGUAUGGAGGAGUAUCCUAAGGGAAUGCUCCUCCAUACUUUUCAAGGAUGCACUUGACAGAUGAAUUACGGACAGCUCUAAUUACAGUCCACGGUAGAUGGUCAUGUAAGCAGAUAUUUUUUCUUAAUCAUUACAAGUUGUCAACAGUGUAUUCACGACCUUUCUUCCUGGGGUAGAAGGAGUUAAUGUUCUGUUCUUGGUCGUCGUCGUUCUCGUUCUUGAUUGUUAUAGUAUGCUUCUCAUUUCAAUGCUAGUGGUGCCGGUCUAGCCACAUCAAGAUAAGUACCGUUAAGUAGGCCUUCAUGACCCCUUGCCUAUCUUCGAUGCAGGACAACAGCUGGAAUGCGUUUUAAUUCGGUCCACGGCAAGUUGGGCUAUUCGGUAUCGGAGGCGUCGAACCGAGUAAUGGUUUCAUUAUGAACGAAACGACUUAUACGUUUUCUCUUCAUUCUUCAUAGUUCCUCACAGGUACGUAGUAGAGUUGCAUCAGGGGCAACAGCAUGACAGCUUCAUCCUUCAGCCUAACAGGGCCUAUGCAAACAGGUUUUGUUCCUCAUUUUGAUAGGGUGUACAUCAUACUCCUUCAACCAAAAACAGGCUCUCUUUUCAUAGUUUGGCCGCAUCGGCAUCGUGCCUCAAGAAAUGCCUGAUGUGGUAACGGUCACCAUGCUUAUGCCCAAAUAUUUCUCCUUGAAUGAAUCUUCUUAACGUGGUUAUUUAACUAAUUCUAAUCCCAAGCAAUGUAAUUAGUCCAGGUUGUUCUUGUUUUGACGCUUUUCUCUUGUUUUCUUGUUCUUCCUUGAAGAGUAUCCCGUUUGGGGGGUACGAGACCAUUGAAUAGUGUUUCACUGAACAAUAUGUGCUGGCGCAAAGAGAAAAGCCUGUCAGCGAAUGUGGAUGUCGCACUAGAAAAAACUGCUCUCGUGGCACCAAGAAACUCAUGUCGAUGAAUGGUUGUGUUGAGUCCUCAAGGGACUGUUCUAAAUUUCGCGGCUAUGUCCAAACGACUCAGAAUGAGCAGGAGCUUUUCAGCGGCACCCCUGUGCUGGCCAAUGGGUGGGGUAAUAUCUUUGGUAGGUACCGCCGAGUCGGGGAACGGGGAAAGAAAGGCUAUCCUUGGUACAGGCGGCGAGCGGGUGUGCUCUCCGGCGAGCUGUUUUUUGGCGGAGUAGGAAAGUGGCAAUUUAUCAUUCGCAGGCUUGUACACGAUCCGGGAAAUACAGGUCGACACGUAUCCGAAGAGAUCCUUUUAAGACCAGAAGUGUUUCCCCAUCCAGUCGUGUGAGGUGUCCUAUGAGUCGAGUAUGUUCUCGUUGAGUUCACGAACUUCAUCAGAACAACGAACUAUGAAGGCCAAGACACUUCUACUUGGGCGUAGAUGGUGGAUUUUUUCGGAUUUUAAUUUUUGUCGAAGAGGCCGAUCCGGGUCCUAAGCCGACGGAACGUAACCCAGCAACGAGCGAUUGGAAUAUGCUGCACGUGGUGAGUGACGGACGUACGGACCGCCUUGUUGCUGGUGCGGAGCUCAAGUGUACUUACGGCUACUAGUCUAUUUUCAUUAUCCCGUGUGAAGUGCAAGAGUCCUGAUUUAAUUCGUCCUCCGAAGUAAAUGAAGUGUGUGAACAAGGGAAUCUACUUCGCGUCCCUGACCAGAAGAUUUGAGGACUGGGCAUCCAGAGCAAGAACAUCUUCAGCGGCUCCUGGUCAAAGUAAGGCUACGUCUAACGUACGCUGAGCGGGCAUCCAAUGCAACCCUCGCAGGGGUCAGUCUUCCACUGGGCGAUCAAUACAGGGGAAUUUUUGAUGCAAUUUGUUCCGCCGAAGGGAUUCUUUCUCGAAAGGGGGAAGCGACAUAUGGUCGCUUGUACGCUCUCCGAUCCGAAGACCCACGCCGAUAAUGACCAGCACCACCUAGCUACGCCAGUUUGUGUCUCUGUCUCUUCACGAUAAUUGUAAUCGCAUAUCCUACUUGUGACUCAAGAGACAUAGAGAUACUACAGUCGUUCUUUUUUUCUGCUCCUCACCAUCUUUUGAAUAAGUUGAUGAUGUGUGUGAUUUAUUUCUGCAUCAAUAUAAUGUCUUCAAGGACGCUAUUAUACCUGUUGUUCUGAGAUGAAACGGAAAGUCCGAGUAACGUUGGUCUACUUGUUUCUCCUACCUUCAUUCUCCUGCGGUUACAAUGGAAAGCAGGAGGAGGAUCGUUUAAGAACAAAAAGAAUGGAGCGUCGGGUUUGGGCCUGGCGGAGGGAGCUAGCGGAGUAGCUCAGAACGCGAAAAAAGCUGACACGUCAUACCAAAUCACCCACACUGCGAUUCCAUUGGGCGCGGCGCUAACGGCUUUUUCUGGUGGGUCAAGGGAUCUUGCGAAAAUCAAAGCUACCGGAAAAGUAGGCACAACAGUUUAUGAAGAUCAUGUGAAGAUUCAGAAGCAGCAGGGACUCAUGAAGGAAACGAUAAAAAAUUAGCUUCAAGCUCUUAUUUGAUAGGGUCUAAUCCUAAGAGACGAAGGCAAAAGACCACCCAGCUGCGGCAGGUGCGAAAGCAGUCGGCGGUAAUUUGAAAGGACUUCUGAAAGGUGACGCGUCAUCCCAGACUAUCGAUUCCCUGGAAGCAGCCGUGAUGCUGCCAAGAGCAGUAUUCACCUCGUCUCCAGGGAUUGAACCGGUCAACUUAUGAAUAGGACGUUGAGGAGUGAAGAGAAGAGGAGAAGAUCUUGAUGUACAAUGGUGUAGCUCCAAUUGGUCCAGCUCUCUGAAAAGUGUCCUCGUGGGCACCGACCCAGCUUUGACCCUGCUUUGGCCUGCCCCAAAAUGUCCUUCAAUAUGUUUUCAACAACCAAAUGCAAAUCCCCGCUUGGGUGUCUGUGUAGGGUGGAGAACACAGUAGCAUGAAACCCCGUGCUGGGUAUAUCAUCAUAUUGUCAUCAUGAUCAAGGUAGAUCAGGCUUCAGCUGCAUCUGUGUCAGGAAGAUGCCUGUUUGGGAAGCUGCCACCUGACUCCUGAGUCAUGGUCUAAUACCUCCCCGAGAGCGUCACGCGCUCGUGUUUCAGUUUACUGGUGCUGCAAAGGACAAGAUCCAUUUUCACCUCGUGGCGGAAGAUUUCUACGAUCGGCGGAGGAUCUUGCUGGGUCUCCCAACUGGCAUCCGCAUUUUAGGACGGGACGUCUCGCUGGACGAGCUGCAGGAGGGAAAGGAGGUGUGGACGUUGGACGGUAAGGAUGGGGUGAAGCCCGGCCCAGACAACAUGUUCACGGGAAGCCCUGGAGCGCGCUUCAUCUUCAUCGCCACUCCAGUAGACAGAGAAUUCGGUGGAGAUUCUCGUAGGUUCACCCUGCACAUUCCGUGGCGAACUAUUGACUUUUUGUCCAGAUACAUCGUGCCGUGUCUGAUCUUGUCGGUUGUUGCCCUCUUGGUAUUGUAUCAUUUCACGUUUCGUUUCAUUUUCGACCCGAGCUAUCGCGACCGCUUCUUCACUUCGGCUGGGGGCGCGAGUGGGUGGCUCGUCUACACGUGGUUGUGGGUUGCCGCUCUUGUCUUUGCGUCGCUGCUGGCACUGUUAGUGUGGUGGUAUCUCAUCUCGCUCCUCUGCCGUAUUUUUUUUCAAGAAGAUGGGGAGAUCAGCUACUUGUGCCUUUUUGCUUUGUCAAACAUUGGCUCGGUUCUUGUCUGGCGAAAGCGAGCGGACAUCAUCGCUUUCCUGAGACCCCGGAACGCGGCAACGAGAAAUAUCGAGAGGAAAAUCAACGAAAUCGUUUCCGGGGAUAUGGAGCGCGAUCUCCUGGAACUCCAAACGCAUCUUUUGGACAGAUACUUCACUUAAGGUUCCACUUUCAGCACAAAGAAAUAAUAGGUCUUCAUAAAAUAGCAGUUCUACUCGAAGUAGCUGCUUGAUCUCAUGUCUUCAUAUGAAGCUGCCCCCUGAAAUGAAAGUUUAAUUAUUUUUGGAAGGCGGAAGAAAGUACAACGUGGUAAGUCUACUCAGGAGGACAAUGCCACACCUCCUACAAUGCGAAAGAGAGACUUUGGUCGCUCGAAUUGUAGCCACGCAUCUUGAAUCCAACAUGGCAAUUGAGGGGCAAGCAAAGUCAUCUUCUAAUUUCUCCUGGCUAGCACCGAAAAACGCUUGAGGGGUAUGGCUUUGAGCGAUGAGCUGGUCUCGUUGCUGCAGGAACUGCAGUCGCGCUCGGACAAGGCACAAGAGUUGCUGCACCACACUCUGCAUGAAGUGCGAAAGCUGUACGCGGAACUCUCGCCCACGGUCUUUGCCAGCUUGGAGCAAAUUCCGGACUUUUACGCGGCGAACGUGGACCCUCCGCACCCUGCGGGGGAUGCGGGUAGCUUCGUCUCUUUUCCGGGCAACGGAGAGGGCCCUGCGCGAGUGGAGACCAUGGGCUUCGUGCGCGCUGGCGCAAUAGAUCAUCACCCAAGUCAACUAGGCGUGGUGAUUCGUCGCCAAAGCACCGCAGAUGACGAAAGCAUAGAUCAAGUAAAAGUAGUGAAUCAGGAAAACUCCACAUAUACCUCGUUGGACAGGGACAACAGCUCAAGCGAAGACGCGGCAGGGGAGAUGAAGGCGGCGAAGAACGUGCUUAAGGCCUCAUUGUAAUGACCUAUUCCGAUUCGUCUCUGUUGGUCUAGAGAAUUCAAAUUCUUGUUUUGUCUAAGGUCUACCUAAUUGCGUCGAACCUCGAACGAAUCACCUAUUCCGAUUCGGUAGUUGUGAACUUGUUACUCUGUUCCUUCUGGGGAAGCGUCCUCACUUGUGCUAGGAACUAGAGCAGAAGCAACCGGCACUUCAUGAUUUGGUAAUAGAGCGGAUUUUUUCGUCAGGUAAUUGUUUCUGAGGUAGCUUCGCCUUUUCGUGAAUACUACACUUUCUACAUGGAACAAACAGUCUUCUCAAAAAUGAAGAACAAAAAUCGAACCUCCCAUGGCCUUACUAAGCUGUCAGUGCUGCGGUUCGAUCCGUUCGAUCCUAGGGCGACUGUGGAAAGCGCGUCGGACUCAGAGACGGUCAGACUCACUGCGAACAAAACCGCAGAGAUGGUGCAUGAUCCGCGAGCGACCAAUUCUAUGCUGCUUCAAUAUCUAUCUGAGACAGUGGUAGUGUUUUCCUGAGACAGAUAGCGACAGACCCAGAAGUUGUCGGUAUCAAUUGAUGUGACUACUUUCUUAGAAGUCUACUCCGUAGGUAGUAGUAUGCGUAAUUGUAUGAGUACUCAAGAGGGGACGUGUGCCAUGUCAUGCCAAAGCCUCUAACUUUUUGUCCCGCGUGAGAUUCUUAUCCACAGACGAACGAGAGUCGCGGGCGAGCGAACCGCGAUUGUGGAAUAGUAAUCGCAUUAAGAAUCUGUCACAACAUUGCAUCCCCCGCUGAUUAGGAUGGGUCGCUUGUUUUCGAAUAGAAAACAAGGCCGCCCGAAGAAUUCAAUGCCGCAAAUUCUAACCGCAGUAGUGUAGCAGGCAGCAGACGAGAAGGAGGAAGUCGGCUCUCUGAAGAUCGCGAGACGCUUUUGCCCGUGCCCGAGGGAGCGCCAAGACCAAAGGGCUCGGCUUCGUUCCUCCUGCCUCAGCCUUCUGUUAGGGGUCGGCGCCAGUUGACGUAAUAUUGAACAGCACAUGAACGAUAGUUUUCCGUUGCGUUCUCUUUCACAAGAACGGGGGAUAGUAUUUUGAGUAGUUCAUAUCGGUAGAGGCAGAAGCGUCGUAGAUUCCGCACGCCCAUGUUCUACCUAACUAGGAACAGCGUAGAAGAUUUGAACUAUAUGAAUAGUAGUUGGUCAACAGGGAAGCACUAACUACGGAGGCUGUGUGUGGUGGUGGAGAAAUAGGUCAGUGCGGAUCGAAGAAUGGAUCGACAUGCUCUCCCUAGCGAUCGGAAAGAUAGGUUCUACGCAGCGAGACCGGCUCACCUUUUUCACAGAUCAGGCCAAGUGGGGACGAGCGCAUUUUAUUUCGGUACUCGAGAAAACAGUGGCCCUAUUCUUAAGGCUUUUGAUAAUUCAUGUCCCCAGAUUUUGCACUUACAGUUUUCUGCUUCUGACACUAUUGCUGAGAAGUAGACGAACUUACCGCGAAGUAUGAACUUCCUUACUUAGGAUGGAUGAAAUAGAAAUUGAUAUAACCGCUAAUAUUGAACGAGCCGGACAUGACGAUAGACGAUCUGGGCCUGCACUGCGACGCCGUAUUUGAGCGGUGGAAUGCAGAAAACCCGGAAACGAAAAUAGAAGCCAAGCCUUUUCCCGGGGAGAAUCACCUGGUGCACGACAGUGAGCGAAGACUGUCCGCUGGAAUAGACCAUUUGCCAAGACUCGUGGGACACGGAAACUUUUGUCGCCUGCAGAUGGGGGACCUGAAGGAGCAUUUGGCGGCUAGCCUGAAACUUCGCAACAUGGAGCACCGUCUACCUAAAACCUUCAACAUCGAUGGUGGUGAUCCUAGUACUGCCCAUCAAGGGGAUGGCCGAACAACCCUUUUGCCAGGCAUGGUAGGGCUCUUCGGCAGUGUCAAUAGUGGACCCCCACUAUCGCAAAGCUACCUCUUAGACAACCACAGCUUCGCCAGCACCGGACCAAAUAUAAUUAUGGGUAGCGUCUGUUACUAGUUCUUGUGUUUCAUCAUCCGCCGUAUGAGGGUCGUCCUCGUUGCGGUGGCUCCAGUUUGGUUUCCAGAAGAAGGUAAGACCACAGCGAGACCAUGCUGCAAGAUUAUCACCAGGUUAUCAAGAUUCUCUCAGUCGAUUCACAAUGAUGAAAGACAGGUUCUUGUCGCGCUAAAAAGAAUACUGCGAGUGGACCUGCGACUUCUGUGACUUCGAUAGCCGCUGGCGCCAGUAGUCUGGCUCGACCGGAUAUCGUGACUUCUCCCUCCGAGAGGAAAUCGUCUGAGGCAGAGAUUGACCCUGGGGAUUUCGUGCCCGAGCGAUUCAUCACAGACAACCUGCGUUGUCGCGUUAUUUUCGCGUCGCCUUCUGCAAUGCUUGUCUUCUUCUUAUGGUGACCGUUCGUUUUUGGUGGGGAUUUCUUAUACUAAUUUGUCAGAGUCCCGAUAAUCAUAAUUUCGCUACCAUUUAUAAGGUCUAGCUCAACGUUUAAUUUGGUCACGACGAACAGCGUUGAAUGUGUGCGCGUAUGAUUCUUGUCCUCGGUAGGUACGUCGAUUUUUAUUCCUUCUGUGUAUCAUCAUGUUGAUGUUCUCGAAAUAUGAAUGGCGCGAUCGCCCUCCCACAUCUCAUUUGCUUACUUGCUUUCUUCAUAUGGUUGGUAAUAGGUGUACUCUCUGUCGUCCUACAACUUGUUUGUUACCCGCUUUCAUACCGCUGGUACUUGGUUUACUCUGUUGAAGAGUUUGAAGUGAUUGGGCUGCGAAACGGGUUGCGGAAUGGCCUAGUGGUACCUGACCUGGUGGUCACGGUGAAAAUGGCGGUUCCCGAAUUUGACGGAGAACUGGAGCUGCUCUGCGAAAUAGUACUUCGCUUAGAGUUAUGGCUCCUGGCAUAUUUAUCUAUUAGUUUGUUUUCUGGUGAGGCAAAUCAGUGCAAAGUGCUCGCCUUUAUUUGGUUUUUUACAGACUUUGAAUUUGAUUUAUGUAAUACUGAGAACCUCCCUCGUUUUACUCACUCCAUCCAAGUACUUCUUACUGGCUUCUUGUGGAGUAUGGUGCAACGGAAUGGAGGUUCUUGAUUUUGUUGCAAAAUGCUAAUAGACGCCUACGCGCUGACCCGCGAUAUCGAAUAUACUUUCGCCAAGAUUGCCCAUGCCACGUCAAUUUAAGAGCAUCACGAUCCGUAACUCUUCAUGAUUAGAUAACCAGAGUUAGCAUCUCUUUGUGGUAGUCAGGUCGUUGCCGUGAGACAACUGCAGAUCGUCGUGGGCAAGAAGUUCAUGCAUCAAUACAAUAUUGAGGUGCAUAAGCACAUUAAAAUUUGAACAGAUCUACGAUUGCGAUCAAAUGAUAAAGGUGUUCAUGUUUUACAGUUAUCAGUGUUGACCCCUCUCGAAACGUUGUUCUAAUCCUUCGCGACGUUCUUGGAGCCACUGUUUCCUUCGCUAUUUGAGGAGGUAUUGGAGGAGCAAUUUAUAGCCGCCAAAAGAGCGGGCCAAGGCGAUAACUUCUUGCACUACACUUAAGGCCAAUUUUUCGUCAGGCUUUGCGAAGUAGAUUCCACAAAAACCGUUUACAAAGACUGACUUCCGACUAUAAUUACUUGGUUACUUCUUAGUUGCGUAGCGUUUUUGAAGAAAAAGGAACGGUGAAGGAAUCACUCAAGUCUCAACGAUGAAACACGACUAUCGCUAAUAUACGUCGGGCGACGACGACAAAAAGAAAGCUCGGGCAAAGGCAGCAGGGCCGGAUGUUGGUGCUGCAUAG